AUGGAAGUAAAACAAGAAAUCAGUAAAGAGAUAUGUAAAGUAGAAAUAGAGUAUAAUGACUUGGAUGGUGCUGUUCUGGAUGACUAUAAAUGUGAAAUUAAGAAGCAAUCCAAUAGGGAAACACAUUUCACAUAUGAUCACAUUGACUUAAAGGAAUGUCCCAUACAUACUGAAAUAGAAUAUGUAAAUAAAGUUAACCCAUUUGAAGAAAACCAAAAAACUGAAAAAAGUUAG